AUGGCUUUCUUCUGGAUCCUCUCCUGCUUCUCCUUCGCCGGCGCCGCCUACGGUCAGACAGCUUGUGGUACUCCUGCCAUCCCCCCCGACAUCACCGGUUACUCCUAUAUCGUGAACGGUGAGGAGGCGCGGCCUCACUCCUGGCCCUGGCAGGUGUCCCUGCAGACCACUAAUGGCUUCCACUUCUGUGGAGGUUCCCUCAUCAAUGAGAGCUGGGUGGUGACUGCUGCUCACUGCAACUUCAGGACGAGGUCCCACCUUGUGGUUCUUGGAGAACACGACCGCUCCUCCUCUGCCGAGGACGUCCAGGUGAAAAGGGUCAGCAGGGUGUUCAGGCAUCCCAACUACAACAAUCCCCGCUUUAACAACGACAUCACGCUCCUCAAGCUGUCCAGCCCUGCCCAGAUGAACAGGCACGUGUCCCCUGUGUGUGUGGCCGAGGCCGCAGAUAACUUCGCUCCAGGAACAUCGUGCAUAACCACCGGCUGGGGCCUGACCAACGGCAAUGCUCGUCAAACCCCCGCCCUGCUGCAGCAGACUGCCCUCCCUCUUGUAAGUGAUCGGCAGUGUCGCAGGGUCUUCCGUGGCACCAUCACCCCCAAUAUGAUCUGCGCUGGAGGAGCCGGAGCCUCCAGCUGUUCGGGCGACUCCGGUGGUCCUCUGGUCUGUCAGAAGGACAACGCCUUUACUCUGGUCGGGAUUGUGUCCUUUGGAAGAUCCACCUGCAGUACCAACACUCCCGCUGUGUACGCCCGCGUCACAGCACUGCGCACCUUCAUAGACCGGACCAUCGCCAACAACUGAGCCACAAUCUGAAACACAACACUCGUUCUCAUGUUUCUGUAUUUCCACCAGCUGUUCUGUUUUUCUUUGUGUUGAUCAGCAGGUUUCUUACAAUGUGAUUUACUCCAUCAGCUGCGUCAACAGCUGGAUUCAUUCUUUAAAAGUCAAUAAAGUUCUUGUAGAAAAGAAGAAAAAAAGAAGCUGCAGUCACCUGAACAACAGAUUAAAGCA